CUUCUGUCCUCUGAUCACUUGUUUGCUCGUUAAUUUGGUCACAGUGUGUAUUGGGGAGAGUAUGGCUGAAGCCUGAUUUGGAUUUUCAAGCAGUUUGUUUUCUCUUUUCUGCUCGGAUUGGGAUCAUGAUUGCUGUCGAAAGCGGUGGGCGAGUGGGAAGAACACAGUUAUCAUGUGGACCACCAGCCCCUAGACGACCAGCCAGUUUAACCAUGACACCCACUUGCCUGCGCUGACCUGCCCCCCGCCCCUCUCCUCAUUUUUCUCUACACACCUUUGUCGAGAGGCGUGGACUAACCGGGAAGUAAUAGCAGUCGGACAGGAAGUAAACAAAGAUGUCUUCCCACAAGCGCAGAUUCCAGUGCUUCGAAGCCAUCUCGGACGAGGGCGGCCACCACCACCACUGCAAACCCUCGCUCCCCUUCGGGCUGCGUUCUGCCCCCGCGCCUCCCCCCAGGAGAGCCACCCAUGGUGGGGAUACCAUUCACCAGGAGACCCUGGAGGAUUGGGGGUGUUACCUGUGCGCCCAGGCCACAGAGGCCAGAGAGGAGGCCCAGAGAGAGGCCCAAAGAGAGGCCCAAAGAGAGGCAUCAGCCUGGUACCUCCCUCCGGUCCACCCACACUCCCACCAUCACCACCCUCAGCAGUAUGUUCGCAGGCGGCCGGUCCGGCAUGAGGAGGUCCCUGCUGAGCCCUCUUGCCACCACCACCACCUCCACAAGAAGGUGGUGCUGGUGAAGAAUAGCGACCCCUCUGUUCGGAGGACCAUCGUGCUCCAUCGCAAGACCCUCCGCAGCCUGAGCCUGUUUCUGGAGGAGCUGUCUGAGUUCAUGCAGUACCACAUCAGGAAGCUGUACACUCUGGAGGGACGCAAGAUCGACAGUGUUCAGGGUCUCCUGCAGUGCCCCAGUGUGUUGAUUUGUGUGGGCCGUGAGCCCUCCCACCCCAUCCUUCUGGAGAACUUCCGGAAAAACUCAGAUGACAAACUUCCACGACUGAGGCCAAAGUCACUGGGACGCUCCAGCAUGGCGGCCAGUGAAGGACAGGAGAGUAAGAAAAAUGGCGGUUUGGGACUUGAGGCAAAGAAAAGUGUCAUCCACUUAAGAUCUGAAUUCAGCAACCGGUCAGCCAGGCAUUCCAUAUCAUCGGACAAAUCACUCCCACCAAUCAACUCUACAUCCCCAGCCCACGUAGGCCCUUGCCCUCAUUCAAGCGAAGGCUUGAUGGAAGACGACAUCGAGAAAAGGGUACUUGUCAACAAAGAUGGCAGCCUGUCAAUGGAAAUGAAAGUGCGUUUCCGACUACUGAAUGACGAGACGCUGCAUUGGUCCACACAAGUAAAGAAGUCAGCAGGAACGAACAAUGAAUACCUCCAAGGAUACCAUGAUAACUGCUCUCUACAGCAGAGUAGUGUGGAAAGCUGUUCAGAGUCGGAGCCCCUUUCACCAGGCGAGGCUGACGAUGCCUACAUCACCAAACUGCACCAGAAGCAUCUGGACGUCCCUCACUGUCAGCACUGCUGUGGCCACUGCCAGGACUAUGAGAUCAGGAAGACCCAUAUUGCGGGGGGGCAGAGGACUGUACGCCACGUCAUCUCCUCCAGCUCCAGUGCCUCCUCACACACCAUUGUAUGUAAAGAAGGAUCCGUGGAGACUAUGUCCAGUGAGGAGAUCACCGAGCACGUGGUGGAGAAGACUGCUUGCUUUCAGCAGACUGUGGAGGAAGGGGGAGACUCCAUGGUGGAGUACUGCACCAUCAGCCGCGGCUGCAGCAGGAGCGAAGUGCACUCGACAACAACGUCCGCCAAGAGUAGGACUAGGGUUUCCACUGAGGACAAGAGCAAAAGUCUUGGCAUGAAUGAAUGCAUUGAUAUUACAACCCAGGCAUCAGAUAAAAAUGAGCCUACAGCUGAUAGUUCAUCCUCCGCUCCCUCCAAGGAGUCUCAGCGCGAGGUCAGCGUCAAGAUCACUGAUGCAGAGGAAGAGGAUCGGCCUGUGUCUGCUGUUAGUCUUUCCUCUGAGAUCCUGGCAUCGCUCAGUGAAGACCAGGACGAUGAGGAAGACAGUCUUCCACCAAGUAUUUCGAGAGCGUGUGCAUGUUCUCAGAAUAGCAAUGCAGAAGAAGAGGAACCCACUAGAAUUGCUGUUUUGAACUCACCUAUAGCAACACCUAUGCAACAUUUAUCUCCCAGGCCUCCGAGUAGCAAGGCAUCUUCUGUGCGCUCUACCAAGUCCAAGAAAUCAACCAAAGUUGUUUCUCUGGCACCAUCAAAUGGACAAGAUGACCAAGAAUCAAAAAAGUGUGAAUGUGAAGGAUCUGAUGAAGCAGUAAAAACAAUGGAAGAUGACAAAGAAAAUGCUGAAACUGCAGUAGAAGAAGACAGUCAAGAAGCAAACCCUUCAGAGGACACUGAAAACAAAGACCCAGAAACAAAGGAGAGAGCAAAGUCUGUCAAAUCAAAUGUCUCUACCAGAUGUAGGAAGUCCAACGUUGGGGAGAAAGGAGUUAAUUCAGGAGAGCGAUCAUCAAGUGCCAUGUCAGUCAAAUCAAAUGCCUCAGCAAAGUCAAGGAAGUCCAAUGUUUCAGCUGUAGAAGACGUAGAUUUACAGGAACAUCCAACAGACAAAAGAUCCUCAAGUGUCUCAACAAGAUCUCAGUCCAAAAUGUCCGAAGCUGAAGAAAACGUUACACCGGAAGAAUACGAAAAAACAGCAUUAAGUGCUGUGUCAGUUAAAUCUAACGCCUCAAGAAAGUCCAAAGUUUCUCAUGUUCCCGCUGAAGAAAAAGCAGAAGAGGAAUUGGAAGAAACUGAAGAGAGAGCAGCUAGUGCGAUGUCUGCUAUGUCUAAUGUUUCUGCAACAUCCAAGUCCAAGGUUUCUGAACUUUGUGUCAAAGAAACCGAAAGAGCAUCCAGCGCUAUGUCUGCUAAGGACAAUAUGUCAGCAAGACACAAGAAAUACGACAUUUCUGAUGAUCCCACUGCAGAAUACAAUCAAACUCUUCCGGCUGAGGAAAAUGGAGAAGAGGAUUUGGAAAAGUCUGAAGAGAGAGCACCUAGUGCUAUGUCAGCUAAUUCUGAUGUUUCUGCAAAAUCAAAGAAAACAAAGGUUUCUCAACUUUGUGUUGAAGAUGACAGAUCUUCCAGCACCAUGUCUUCUAAGUACAACCGGUCCGCAAGACACAAGAAAUACUACAUUCCUUAUGAUCCCGCUGGAGAAGAGGAUCAACCUGAGGAGAGAGCACCUAGCGCCAUGUCUGCUAAGUACAACCGGUCAGGAAGAUAUGAGAAAUACUAUGUUUCUAAAGAAAAAGAGGAUCAAACUGAAGAGAGACCAUCGAGUGGUAUGUCUGCUACGUCCAAUGGUUCUGAAGCACCUGCUGUGGAAAACGCAGAAGCAGAGGAGGAAACAGCUGGAGAAGGUCCAGAGAAGGAAACAGCUGGAGAAGGUCAAACUGGAGAGAAAGCAGAAGAGGUAGAAGAAACAGAGGGUGUUCCCGCUGAGCAAACUGAUGAAUCUGAGCAUGAAACGGAAGCUAAGUCAGCUAAGUCUAAUGUCUCUACCAGAUCAAAGAAGACCAAUGUUUCUCUAUUUUGCAUUGAAGAAACUAAGAGAUCAUCCAGCGCUAUGUCUUGUAAGUACAACCGAUCAUCAAGAUUCAAUAAAUACUACGUUUCUGAUGAAACUGAAAAGAGAUCAGCUAUGUCUGAUAAAUCCAAUAUUUCUGAUGAUCCUUCUGAAGACAACACAGAAGAUGAAUUUGGGAAAACUGAGGAGAGAGCACCUAGUGCUAUGUCUGCUAAGUCUAAUGUCUCAGCAAGAUCGAAGAACUCUAAAGCUGCCGAGGAAGACACUGAAGAGGGAGCUGAAGAAAGAGCAGAAACUGAGGUAGCAGAAGAAACAGACAACAGAUCUCCCAGUGUUAGGUCUUUUAAGUCCAAUGUUUCUGCAAGAUCAGCGAUGUCUAAAUCUUCUGAAGAUCCUCCAGAGGAAAACGAAGACAAGGAAUUGGAAGAAAUGAAAGAGAGACAACCUAGUGCUAAGUCAGUUAAGUCCAAUGUUUCUGCAAAAUCAAAGAAGUCAAAGGUUUCUCAACUUUGUCCUGAAGAGGAAACUGAAGAGAGAGCACCCAGCGCUUUGUCUGGUAGGUCUGCUGUGUCGGCAAGAUGCAAGAAAUCAAAAGCUUCUGAAGUUCCUGCUGAAGACAGCCAUGAAAAUGAAAUAGGUGAAACUAGAGAGAGGUCAACUUGUGCUAUGUCUGUUAAGUCCGAAGUUGCAGCUGAAGAAACUGCUGAACCUAAGGAUGAAACAGAGGAUCGAGGUCCCAGUGCUAUGUCAGCCAAGUCAGCCAAGUCUAAUGUUUCAGCAAGAUCGAACAAAUUCAAAGCUUCCAAAAUCCCUGCUGCUGAAGAGGAUCAAUUUAAAGAGAGAGCACCCAGCAGUAUGUCUGCUAAAUCUAAUGUUUCUACAAGACAUGUGAAGCCUAAAGCUUCAGAAGUUCUUCCUGUGGAAAAUGGAGAUGAAGAAUUGGAAGUCGUUGAAGAGAGAGCACCCAGUGCCAUGUCUGGCAGGUCAGCUAAGUCGAAUGUUUCUGCAAAAUCAAAGAGGUCCAAGGUUUCUGAACUUUGUGUCAAAGAAACUGAGAGAGCAUCCAGCGCUAUGUCUGCUAAGUACAAUAUGUCAGCAAGACACAAGAAAUACGACAUUUCUGAUGAUCCCACUGCAGAACAGGAUCAAACCGAGGAGAGAGCAGCCAGUGCUAUGUCAGCCAAGUCAAAUGCUUUAGCAAGAUCAACUAAAUCUAAAACUUCUGAAGUUACAGCUGAGGAAACGGUUGACCUUGAAAACCAAACAGAAUAUGCUACUGCCAAAGUAAAGGCACGAGAGGAUGUAAAGGCAACUGAAGAGAGAGCAGCUAGUGCUAUGUCAGCCAAGUCAAAUGCUUUAGCAAGAUCAACUAAAUCUAAAACUUCUGAAGUUACAGCUGAGGAAACGGUUGACCUUGAAAACCAAACAGAAUAUGCUACUGCCAAAGUAAAGGCACGAGAGGAUGUAAAGGAAACUGAAGAGAGAGCACCUAGUGCUAUGUCAGCUAAAUCAAAUGUCUCAGCAAGAUCUAAAAGGUCUAAAGUUUCAGUUAUUGAACCUGACCAUGAAACAGAGGAGCGAGCACUCAGAGAGGAGGAGACUGCUAAGUCACAUUCAUCUGCAAGAUCAAGGAAGUCCAAAGUUUUUCAAGUAAAUUCUAUAGAAAAAGCUGAAGAGCAAGUAGAGGAAAAUGUGGUGAAUGCACCAAGUGCUGUAUCUGCUAAGUCUGCAAAGUCAGCUAGGACCAAUGCAUCAGACAAAUCUAACUGCAUUUACUGUAGCUCCAAACCGAAAGAUAGUACAACUGCUGAAGUGGCUGAGAGACCUAAAAGCAACAUGUCCAACGUGUCUUCCCAUCUACAAGUCAAAGGACAAAAGGACAAAAACAAUAAGGAUGACGCCAAAAGUGACAAAGGGAGUGACAUUUCAAGAAAGACAAACAGGUCAAAUAAGACUGCCACUAGAGAUGUGGACACUCCCAGACCUAACUCUGUUGCGUCAGAGAGUUGUCUCACUCCUUCCCCACCAGAGUGCCCACCAACCCCCAGAAAAAUCAAACGACCUGUUAUUUUACUUGGUGGCUCGAGUGACAGUAAUAAGUCACAUGCAGCAUAUCCAGUGGAAGAGAACUCUAACAUCUCAUGCAAUGGCCCCUUGGAAGUGACAGACAGGAAUGUCAGCGACAACAAAAGUGACAAGAGUGGCAAGUGCAAACAGAGGAAAGGGGUUCCCUUACUCAGUUUCUCCCGACAGUUGCUGGAAGGAGAAGUCUCUGAGCUGGUUCCCUCCAAUCUACCAAACGCCUCUCCAACAGAGGUGGUGAAUGAGUGGCUUAAGAAAAUACCGUCUGACAGUGCGAUGUACGACAUCGGGGAUGAAUUCAUUGACAGAGGUCAUUCACCGGAAGAACUACCGCAAAAGGAAAAACCAAAACAGGAUAUUGACACCAUUGCUGAGUGUGAAACUCAAAACGAAAAAAAGGAAGAGCUCAAAGAGACAGUGGUCAACCAUGUGGCUGACAGUGAGGAGCCAGUGGAGACCCCACCAGAGACCCCACCAGAAGACACUCACCCCUGCACCGCUCCGCAGGAAGAGGUAUCAAAGAGCUUUCACUCCUCAGUUCAGGUGAUGAAAGUCCUGUUGAAUCCCAAGCUUGACCGGUGUAACAGUUUACCUGAAGUUUCCCCAGUGUACGGACGUAAACUGAGCACCUCAGCCAGAGGUCUCCUGGAUUGCCUCGCAAAGCUGCAGUUGAUAGACUUUGAUCCCAACUACGAUGCAAACGCCAAGGACACAAGGUACAGAGAGCUAAUGAACAUCCUCCAGUCCCUCUGGUUGUGUGACCCAGCAGAAGGUGGAAAGUCACAGCAGAAUGGCUGUGAUCAACACUCUGUGGACGGUGACACCAAAGCAAGGUCGUCCUCUGGGGUGGAUGUCAGCAGUGGCUCAACAGGCUCAGGUAAGAGUUCAGGCCGUGUGGCUCAGGCAACGAAUGCAGAGGGGGAAGCGUUGGUGAAGGUACAAGAAGUUGAUGAAAUGGCACAGAAAGAUGAAAGCCCAGAGUCCUCAGCACCAAUGUCUGAUACAGCCACUCCGGACAUAGCCAGUCGGGUCCAAUGGACCCCCGAAGAAGGAGGAGAAGGAGCAAUAGCAGUGGAGGAAGAGAAACAAAAAGAUGAAGACGUCCCGGAGUCUGAUGACACCAUUAGAAAUGAAAGUCUGAGAGAAUUACCAGAAACACCCCCGUCUUCCAAUAAGAGCUCAGACCCUCGAGAGGACACAAGCUCUGGCUCUCCUCCAUCCGUCCAAAGGGCACAACUAGCCAAAAAGGUUUCCCUGGAUCCUGAUCCUGUCUGGGUCUUGAAGUUACUGAACAAACUAGAGAAGCAGUUCAUGACACAUUAUAUGGAUGCCAUGGCUGAGUUCAAGGUUCGCUGGAACUUGGACAACAACGAACAGCUCAAUGCCAUGAUAGCUGAACUGAAAGACGAUGUGAGGAGGAGAAUACAACUAAGCAUCGACAGGGAACUGAGGAAGAUCCACGGUCGGGCUGGAAGACCAAGACCACCCAAAGAGGUGUUGUCACGAGAAUCAAAUGCACAAACAGAGACAAGGCGAAGAAGACUGAAAGUUGUGCGUGACCAGUCCAUUGAUAACCGGGUUGAUAAAAGUGAGGAUGCAACCUGCACUUCCUUCAGUGACCAACGGAGUGAUGAUGAAUAUUGCCCUUGUGAAGUAUGUUUACAAAAGAAAAUGGAAUUGGGGCCACUGCUUCCUGCAGAAGUCCUGCAUACUGCACCAGUCAUGAUGGCUUUUGAUCUAAAGUCAAUUCUUCAGUUGAAAAGGGAACCUACUCCAAAGACACAAGAAGCUGAUGUUACAGAUGACACUGAAACGGUGGUAGUGAAAGCUGGCAUUGCACAUGCUUUUGAUUUAAAGUCAAUAAUUCUCCAGUCGAAAAAGGACAGUCCACCACAGAUACAAGAAGAAGUCAAUGUUGCAGAUGAGACUGAAGGUAUGGAUGAAGCCAAAGCAGCGGAAACUCUUGUUGAAAAUGUUAUCAAUGGGGCUAAGAAGGAGAUGAAGGAAUCACAACAAAAAUAUGCUGAAAUGGGUGACAAAGCUGAGAAAGCAGAAUCUGAUGUAGAAGUGACAGCUAAAGGUGAAGCAAUAGAAGAGGGGGAAGCUGAAACAGAUACUGCUGAAGACGAAGCAGAUGAAGAAGAAACUGAGGAAGCUGAGACAGCAGCUGAGGAAGCAGAGGGAAAGGAGGUGGAUGCUGAAUCAAAGAAUACUGAAGCUGAGAUAGAGGAAGCAGAAGAGAGUGGUAAAGCAGAGGCAGCAGUGUGUUGUGAACCCGGGGAAGAGGAGGAAGUCGAAGCAGAGACAGCUGAAGAUGAAACAUUGGAGGAAGAAACUUCUGAAGCAGAAACAGCAGCUAAUAAUGAAGCAGCAGGAGAAGAGGAGGAAGCUGAAGCAGAAACAGCAGAAGCUGAGAUAGCAGAAGAUGAAGCGGGAGAAGAAGAAACUGCUGAAGGAGAGACAGUAGCUGAUGACAAAACAGCAGGAGAAGAAGAGGCAGCUGAAGAAGACACUGCGGGAGAGGAAGAAGUUGAAGCAGAAACAGCAGAAGCUGAGACAGCAGAAGAUGAAGCGGGAGAAGAAGAAACUGCUGAAGGAGAGACAGUAGCUGAUGACAAAACAGCAGGAGAAGAAGAGGCAGCUGAAGAAGACACUGCGGGAGAGGAAGAAGUUGAAGCAGAAACAGCAGAAGCUGAGACAGCAGAAGAUGAAGCGGGAGAAGAAGAAACUGCUGAAGGAGAGACAGUAGCUGAUGACGAAACAGCAGAAGAAGAAGAGGCAGCUGAAGAAGACACUGCAGGAGAGGAAGAAGUUGAAGCAGAAACAGGAAAAGAUGAAGAUGCAGAAGAAGAAACUGAUAACGUUAUAGCAACAGGAUCAACGCCAGGAGAAGAGGAGAACACUGAAGCAGCUGAUAAUAUGUCAGGAAAGGAGGAAUCUGAAGCUGAAACUGCAGAGGCAGAGACAGCUGAUGUAACAGCAGAAGAAGAUGAGACUGCGGAAGUAGAGGCAGCUGAAGAGGAGACUGCAGGAGACGAGGAGAGUGCUGAGGCAGAGACAGCGGGAGAGGAAGCAGGAGAGAAGGAGACUGCUGAGGCAGAGACUACAGAUGAUGGAACAGCAGGAGAAGAGACUGCUGAAGUAGAAUCAGCUGAAGAGGAGACUGCAGGAGACGAGGAGAGUGCUGAGGCAGAGACAUCCGGAGAUGAAGCAGGAGAGAAGGAGACUGCUGAGGCAGAGACUACAGAUGAUGGAACAGCAGGAGAAGAGACUGCUGAAGUAGAAUCAGCUGAAGAGGAGACUGCAGGAGACGAGGAGAGUGCUGAGGCAGAGACAUCCGGAGAUGAAGCAGGAGAGGAGGAGACUGCUGAGGCAGAGACUGCAGAUGAUGGAACAAGACGAGAAGAGACUGCUGAAGUAGACGCAGCUGAAGGGAAGAAUGCAGGAGAGGAAGAGAGUGCUGAAGCUGAAACAGCUGGAGAUGAAACUGCCAAAGAAGAGGAGGAUGCUGAAGUAGAGACAGCCGACGAGGAAACUGCAGAAGCUGAAACAGUUGAAAAUGAAACAGUUGAAGGGGAGGAGGAUGCUGAAUCUGAGGCAGCAGAAGAGGAAGCUGCCAGAGACGAAGACACAGUGGAGGCAGAGGCAGAAACCAAUGAUGAUGCAGCAGGGGAAGAGGAGAUUUCUAAAGCUGAGACUGCAGACGGUGAGACACCUGGAGAAGAUGAAACCACAGGGCACGAGUCCUCAGAAAAUGAAACAACUGGCGAUGAGUCGGCCGAAAUUGAAACAACUGGAGACGAAUCGGCACCAGCUGAAACUGCAGGAGAAGGGACAGCUGACGAUGAAACAGCAGGAGAGGAGGAGCGUGCUGAAGCUGAAACAGCUGAGGGAGAAGAGCAGACAGCCGGAGAUGAAACUGGAAGAGAUGAGAAUGAAAACGCGGGAGAAGAAUCGUCAGAAGCUGAGGCAUUUGAAGACGAAGCAGCAAGUAAAAGAGCCGAGGAGAAUGUAGAAAAGGGGGAGGAUGAAACAGCAGAGAAUAAAGAGCCUGUAGUUGAAUCAAAUAUUGAGGAGACGGAUUGUCAUGAUGACGUAUCGGAGAUAAAAGCAGACGACGAGGCGGAGGAGGGAGAAACGACAGACCAAGAUAUGGUUCCGGAGGAGACAGGAACAGAACAAGAAGAUGAUACAAAUGCAGGAGACAAUGUAGGAAACGAGGCAGAAGAAGCAAAGACAAACAAAUUAAAUGCAGAAAAUGGAAGCCAAGACCAGGCCGAGAACGUUGUAGGGGGGUCUGAAAAAGAUGAAGAAGUGGAAACUACAGAGGGCAAUGAGACAGCCAAUGAAGAGGAUUGCUGCGGAAACUUUGGGUACUCAGCCGACGGAGAGGAUGAAGCUGAGGAUGAGUCUGAGUUGGAAAUAUCAACAGAUGAGGGAGAACAAUCAGAGGUGCCAGCUAUCGGGGAGGACAGCAUGAAGGAAACUGUUGAGGAAACACCAAUGACCUCAUUCGAUGCCUUGGCCAGAGCAGAGUACUCUGAAGACAGUGCUUACGCCGAUGUUGAGGAUUCAGAGACUGACGGUAACAACGAGGAGUCAGAGGCACAAGAGGACAAACCAGAAGAGGAGGAGCGUGAUAUCUCAGCAGAGGGUCAGGCUGAGCUUCAUGUUGAAGAGACUCCAGUUGAGGAGCUGCAGGAGGAGGAGAAGGAGGAGGAGACUCCAGUUGAAGAGACUCCUGUUGAGGAGUUGCAGGAGGAAGCGGAGGAGGAAGCUGAGGAGAUGGAAGAAGUUGAGAUGGAGGAAGUUGAGGACACUCCUAUUGAGGAGCUGAAGGAAGAAGCUGAGGAGGAGCAGGCUGAAGUGGAGGAGGAAGCUGAGGAGAUGGAAGAAGUUGAGAUGGAGGAAGUUGAGGAGACUCCUAUUGAGGAGCUGAAGGAAGAAGCUGAGGAGGAGCAGGCUGAAGUGGAGGAGGAAGCUGAGGAGAUGGAAGAAGUUGAGAUGGAGGAAGUUGAGGAGACUCCUAUUGAGGAGCUGAAGGAAGAAGCUGAGGAGGAGCAGGCUGAAGUGGAGGAGGAGGCUGAGGAGGAUGCAGCUGAAGAUGAUGCUGCUGAGGAGGAGCAGGAAGCAGCUGAUGAGGAAACUACUGAAAAUGAGGCUUCUGAUGAGGAAGAGCAGGAGGAAGGGGUGGAUGAGCCGGAAGCUGAAGAGAUUGAGGAAGCUGAGGAAGAUACUGCUGAAAACGACGACGCUGUUGAGGAAGAUCCAGCUGAUGAGGGGGAUGACAUCACAAGCAAAGGACAGUCCGAAGACGAUAGUGAUAGUGGUGGACCUUCUGGGACAUCUAAUAAAAGCCUACGUGGUCAACCCACCAAGUCUUCCAUGGAAUCACAACCAGGCUCACUGGACAAAAUCCUGGAUGAAGAGGCAGCGACAGAAUCCAACAGCGAUAAGAGUUCACAGAAAGGUUCAGGGGAAAGGUCGGGCCACCACCUCUCUGUGAAGAGCAACCAGAUGUACCCGACAGACACAGAGGACGAAAGCAGGGUGUCAGAAUGCACAGAGGCAGUCAGCGAAGUCCUCGAGCGACAAGUCGUUCACCCAAAGAAGAAGACUCUGAAGAAGACUCCGAAGAAGACUCCGAAGAAGACUCUGAAGAAGACUCCGAAGAAGACUCCGAAGAAGUAGAAGAAGAAGAUCUGUAAAGCCAAGUAAAAGUGACAUUAAUUAAUAAGAUAUUGAUUUCUAAAACUUCACAACUACUGCUGCUGCUUAGUAAUAACUUAAUCAAAUAAUGAUCAAAGCACUUUAUUUCAAUAAAGUUUCAACAAACUCGUCACAUGACACAGGACAGUUAAGAAAAAGGGACGUUUUAAAACUUGAAAUAUGCAGGCUGAAAUUAGUGGUAUUCUCUGUUAAAUUCACACGACAGAAAAUAUAUACGUAUUUUUUUUCUGGAAGAUUAUUGACAAUUAUUUUUUACAUUGUUUUACAUUUAUUAGUAUUAGUGCAAUAAUCAUAUACAACUGUAAUGAAUAGAAUAAAGAAUUAUUCAAAUAAAUGUUUCAACUCAGUUAAAAAGCCCUAAGGAGUUUUGCAAGUAAUGAACUACAAAAUGAGCAAUAGUUAUUUUUAAUAUGCAUUGUAUAUGUGAAACUUGAAUGUAAAAAAAAAAUAUUUUGUUGAUAUUUUAGGAUAAUAUAUAUAUAUAUAUUACAUUUUUUGGCAACAUUCUUUGUUGCCUGUCUAUGAACAAAUCUCAGGUAGUUGGAAUCUAUACAUUCCAAAUGUACGUAUGUAUGAUAGAGAUCAUACGCAAUACCAGUCAAAGGUUUGGACACACCUGUACUCAUUCCAGGGUUUUUCUUUAUUUGUACUAUUUUCUACAUUGUAGAAUAAUAGCGAAGACAUCAAAACUAUAAAAAAACACACAUGGAAUCAUGUACUAACCAAAAAAGUGUUAAACAAAUCGAAAUAUAUUUUAUAUUAUUCAAAGUAGGCACCCAAAGCUGUCAUCAAGGCAAAGGGUGGCUACUAUGAAGAAUCUAAAAUAGAAAAUAUAUUUAGAUUUAUUUAACACUUUUUUGGUUACUACAUGAUUCCAUAAAAUGUGUUAUUUCAUAGUUUUGAUGUCUUCACUAUUAUUCUACAAUGUAGAACAUAGUACAAAUAAAGAAAAACCCUUGAAUGAGUAGGAGUGUGUCCAAACUUUUGACCGGUACUGUGUGUGUAUUUGACUUUAAAUUAGGUUACUGUGGCUUCAAAUGUAUAAAAUUAACAUAAUAUGAGAUAAUAUAUAUUUUUCUAGAUGAAAUUGCACUUGUUUUGACAGCCACUAUGUGACAGUAUUACUCUGCUAUGGGAACAUGUAGUUCAUCAAACAUAUUAUAAUUACAUAUAUAUUUUUUUAUUAAAUUAAUUUAGAGAUGGCAUAUAGAUAGCAUAUAUAUAUAUAUAGUGUUUGUACCAGGUGAUGUUAUGGAAACUUCAAUGUUUCCCCAUAUGUUUGAUCCAAGUGUUGGAUUGUUUUGAUGUAUCCCCUAUUCAAAUAUUAUAUAUUUUCUUAGUUGUACAGGUGUUGACAAUGAUGGUAAAUCAUAAAACGCUGAAUAUAUUAAUAAUAAUGUUUAUGAAAUAAAAUGUACUUAUGAAAAGUUCAUUUCUUCAUUCAUUCAUUCAUUCAUUCAUUCAUUUAUAUAACAUUUUAUAUAGUUUACUUUUCUCUGCAAUCACUAACCAAUUUAAU